AUGGAAGAGCCAGAUCAGCAACAAGUACUUGCCAAAAUCACAAAAAAUUUCGUCGAUAAGUUUGAGGCAAUCAAAGAAAAGUACAAUGUGAAACUUCAACCAGUCAAGAAAAGGGAUACAGUUUUGACUUUAGUGGCAUCAAUGAGCUCCGCGUCGCGAAGCCAGUUUAUCCGCUCGCGCCAAAUCAACGAUCAAAUGCAGGCUCAAAUCGAUUCAACACUUGCAAAGCUCGAAGUUCAAUUCCAAAGUGUCCAAGAUGUUCUUCAAGAGUUAGAAGACGAGAUGGACACUGUAAAAUCUAGUCUUCACGAGGAAGUUCACCCGUCUCAGAUUCAACGUUUAGAAACGACUGUCGCCAAGCUUUUUGAGAAAGAAAAUGACUUCAAAGAUCUCUGGUCAACAAUCCUAGAAGAUUCGAAAAUUGAAGCUGAACACACCUCAGAUCUACUUAAAGUCGUUCUGGACCGUUUUGGAAGAGCCUCCGAAGAAGGAACAUGUUGGUUCAGCGAUGGCACAGGAGUGAAAACUAUCGACCGCUAUUCAGAGUCUGACUUUGAAUUCGUGCCCGUUGAAUUCAGAGGAUCAGCUGGGUUCUCAAAGGCACCACUUGCUGAUCGGGAUUUUUUCCGGAGAAAGAGUUCCAACACGAAGGACCAGUUCUUCAUUGAAUUCGAGAACGGCAACACGGUGACCGGUGAUUUGUCUAGAACCGUCGACGGUUUUAAAGAAGCUUCGGCUCAUUGCUCAAAAGAUGGAAAAAUUCUUGCCGUGAUUAAAAACACCGCAAAUCUUAAUGCGCUAGUGGAGAAGAUUAGUGACAAAGAAGUCGACGGGCCGGUAUUUCUCGGAUUGAAAUUUGGCAUUUACCCAGUUCCUUGGACGUGGGAAGCGCGAAACGUUAUCAGCCCGUGGAAAGAUGGUUGGGCAAAUGAUCAGCCAGCGGCUAAUCCUGAUAAAAGAUGCGUUGCUGCCACUGCUACAGGAUGGAUAACUCAAAAUUGCGAUUCCAAGCUGUCGCAUUAUGUUUGUCUUGGAAAGACGGGAGAGGGUAAGCACAGAUACUACAUUCAAUCCAUCGUUGGAGGAGGAGCGACAUACGCUCAGGCCGUGAAAGGAUGCCGAGAAAAACGUCGUGUUCUAGCAGUAGUUGCUACCGAAAAACAGGAUGAAGCCCUUCUGGAUGUAUUCAAACAAAAUUCAAAGAUCGCUUCGGCUUGGAUUGGACUCAAAUCUAAGGGCGGCGACACGGAGGAAAAAUGGCAAUGGGUUGAUGGAACAAUUGCUCACGACAUCAAGUUAUCAGAAGAUCGGGCCGCCACCAAUGGCUGUUUGGCGGUGAAAAAGGUCGAGGGAAAAAUGCAAAUCGGACUUGUUCGCUGCGAUGUUGAGGGAUCUUUCUUAUGUACCGAACUUUCCCACCAUCGAGAGCGACGGCACAUUGUGCAUCGGCCUGACCGCGACCCCGCCUCUAUCAUCCAUCCUGCACCAACUUAUCGGGAGUUUUUCGAGGGCGUAAGCGACGAAGACUUCACCGACGUCAUUCAAUACGAUUGGCAGUGGCCGCGUUAUGGCUGGCUCGCUGAUCAGGCACGCUGCGUCGACGUGAUUAUGGAAACAUAUUUAAACCUGACAGAUUUCAUCGGGUCCAUCGACUUGUCGGUAAACGAGGCAAGCUUUAAGUCAGAAAUUGCAAUGGAAGGACUUGAACAUGUUCUGGGCGCGAUUGAAAACGAUGAACAUAUUUCUAAAGCGAGUGAACAAUGGGCUGAGAUUAGCGCGAACAUGGAUGACGCUGAAGCUGCUCUGGAAGCUCUCCGGAAAUACGUCAAAGAACUCGAUGAAGCUGAAAUCUUGCUCAAAGACAUUAAUUUGGAAUCAUUUAAAGCGCUCCAAAAUGAUUAUCUGCAGAAACUCGAAGAGCUAGAACGGCAGUGGAUGUGUGAAAACAUCGACUUUGGCGAGCUCCAAAUCCCGAAUUUGGGAGAUGAGAAUCUGUAUGAACCUCUGUGCAUAAAAUUCACUUGGGCUAUGGAUGAAGUUCGAGCGAAAUUAGCAAAGCUGGAUGAACAAUUCCAGCAGUUUUUACAAUCAGAUUGCUGGGCUGACGUAAAUAAUGUCUAUUGUGAAGAUGUAACGCCAGUAUCACUUGGGUCUGGCAUCCGGAAUUACGAAAGUUGUGAUGGAGUUCUGGUUGAUUUGCUUGGCGAAGAUCAGGAGCAACAGUUUCACUGCUUUAUAGGAGACGCAGAUUUCCAUAUUCGUAGCGGUGCAGAGGAUAUUGUAGAAACUGAAAGAACCCUUGAGGAUCUUCGUUAUGAUCUUAAUGAUCCUAGGUUCACCGGGCCUGAAUGGACGGAAGCUACGCGCCAAGCGAAUAAAAUUGGAGAAGACAUUUGCUCUGGAAAAGUCGAAUUUUCUGUUGAUAGAGAGCUUGAAUACUUUGAACAAACAUUUUCUGAUCUCAUGCCUGGAUCGUCGCACUUGCCUAAACAGCUAUCACCAGAAAAAGCUGAGGCAGACAUUCUCGAAGGAGUUCUGGAACCAGCCAAAGAAAUAAGAGCGGCGCGUGAUAACAUGGAAGAUGUUAUUGACUUUGCAAAUAGAUUCGAUCUUGAUACUGAACCAGAUAAUAUAAUCGACUACAUGAAUGAAAUCAUAAAGAUUGCAGAAGACGAACAACUGCCAGGCCUAAAAUUUAAUGAUCUCCCCCUGACAGAAAACCUGGUUAAUGAAAAUGAAGAGGAUAACAUUGUUGCCGACUUCGAAAAAUAUCUGAAGGCGAAGGAUGACUUUGAGGAGGAGUUAAAGUACUUGGAACAUUUGGUCGACUCUUCAAGAGGUCUUUUGAGUCGAUUUGACGAUAAUAUGAACUCAAUGAAAUUCUCUGGAAAGCAGUCUGUUGAAAUCAACGAUCCACCUCCAUUUGACGGACACCAUCAAUUCGAGCUGGAAUUCAACCUAAAGCUUGAUUCUCUUUCAAACAACAUUUUGACUCUAAAAGAUGGAGACGGGUCUCAACUUAUUGUGGAAACUCGACGUGGUGAGCUAUUUGCAAAGCUCGUGGAGUUUGACGAAGCGAUCGUGCUUUCCACUGGCAAUCCUCUCAUUAGAAACAUAUGGACUCGUGUAAAAAUUUCAUCUUCUGGAUCUGCCAUGUUUUUGCAAUUCUACGUUCUAAACUGUGAUGAUCUUGGAAACAAUCUUGAUCUAGAGCGUGAGGAUGGAGGUGCUGCAAAUCCCUGUGAUCCCAAAGCGAAUGUUGCGUAUAAACAGUUGGACGCAAGUUCACGCCAUUGGCACAUUGACUCAGAUCACGAUGAUUACGAAAUGACUUUUGGAGGAGGAUACAGUGGCCGGGACAACUUAUUUGCUGUUUCAAAUCCGAUGGUCAAUGGUCUUGCAGUUGGACUUUACGACUCGACCAUUCUAGACGUCGAUACAAAUCAUGAGUUGGUUGUUAAUGAGCCAAUCAUUCACACAGCCACUUGCUACAACAUCUUCAGCAAUAGUGUUGAAGAAGUCGACGGCUUCGGAAAGAGUCAGCACCAUGCUAUUGACACUUGCGUGUGCCUCGAUGGCGACGAGAGUUACUUCCAAAUUGACGCGUCUAACUUGCAAAUGAUUUACAAUCAGCGUCUCCAAGUGCAAGUGGACUUCAUCCAAAAUGCACCAACUCAAACAGCACUUGUUACUCUUAUUUACAAUGAAGAUCUCGGUUCAUAUUUGGCACUAGAAAAGUUCGGGAAUCUUUUCCGCUUCUCGUUCCGACCUAACUGGGAUGAAGAUACUGUCGUUGUGGAAGACAUCGCUGGACCUCAAACUGACGACUCAUACCUUAGGCUUUACUUCGGAAUUUACAGAAAAGGGAAAGAUAAAUUCUACGCUGUGGUUUAUGCAAAAGCUGAUGAAGACGGGAAGACGAAUAGCGACAUUGUCACUCAAGAAAUUUCACAAGUUACUUGGAAAAUUCUAUCGGACAGUCUCGGCGAGUCACCAUUGAUUUUUGGAGGUCAUCACUUGAGAAUACCUUCGUGGAUUGAGUCUGAACUUGAUUCUUUCUCGGCACCGGAACGCUCACUGGCUGCUUGUUUGCGAUUAAUUAAUAUCAACGACGAUUCACUGAACGCUGAAGUAUACAACACAAUUGACGGUGUUGGCAUUCACCGACAUAGAGACACAGCAGACCGUUAUAACUUCCACUUGGAAGCGGAAGAUAUAAUGCACUUCGAAGUAGAACGUUUCAACAAAGAAGAUCAACUAACGUUUUCAUUCCACAGCGAGAAUUCAGUCGGUUCAGUUGCCCGAUUCGGACCAGUACAACUCUCUAUCAAUUCUGAUUUUGCUGAAGUAUCUGGCUGUUCAUCUCGAGAAGUAAGCUCAUUUUCAAUAAACGAUGACAUCGAGCACGUCGUCCUUAUCCGACGAACCUCGCGAAGUCAUACAGUCGUCGAAAUUUCUCGAUCAGAUGGGUCUAAUUCUCAAUUUGAAAUUGACUGUGAAGGAAACGAGGUCUACCAUUCACUUGUCUUCGGCGGCGAUGGAUUCCAAGGGAUAAUUGCAAGACCACUUGUCUUUAAUGAACAAGGAAUAACGACUGAUAUCCUAAACGAGCUCCGCUGCCGCGAACCUGAUGAAUGUGCCCACAUUGAGUUCAACAAGAAUGCUAGCAAUUUCUAA